AUCCUUUCAUCGCCUUACGAGCUCCAGUCAAGAUGUCAACGAGAAGGAGCGCCAGAAUUCGGAACAUCGACUUAGGAGUCACUGCUGAACCAACUAAACCUGCACUCGCGCCCGCACCUGCUGCCCCACCAAAGAGGAAGCGCAAAGCCCCAGCUGAAGACGAGAAAGAUGAGCCGACGACGAAAGGGAAGAAAGGACCGGCGAAGAAGGUAAAAGCGACAAAAGUAGACAAUGCGAAGACGAAAUCGAAGGCCAAUGCCACAGCUGAGAUUGAGACCCAGAAGGAAACGGUGCCAAUUCCUGAUGAUGUCUUGUCCGUUCUGCCAGCCGAGAUCCUUCAACAGAUCCUCGAAAGCGUCAAUGACCCGAAAAGCAUGGUCAAAAUGGCAUGCACUUCCAAGAGAUACUAUGCUCUCGUAAUGGCCAUUAUCCACAAACGCAUCUCCGUCUCAACAUCCUUCUGGGCGCAUAUUCCCCACGUCAUCCGUCGCAUUGAACCUCAUCUAAGUAUUGCCCAGAAGAAACAGCUCAAGAGAGAGGGACAGUACAAAGGUCAGCAGGAGAAGUUCUCAACUCGUCUUGACCCAAAUGCCGUGCCUCCUUGUGCCAGCAAUGUCAGGCAGAUGAUCAUUGGAAAGAUUGAUCCCGGCAAGAAGCAUAAGCCUCUCGUGUUGAGAUAUUUUGAAGAGGUUUUGAAGAAUCUUCAUAACUUGGAAGUUUUUGAUGCUGAGGACCUUACUGAGUCAAUGGCGGAGAGUCUUUCUGAAUUGAAGAAUCUCAAAUCUAUAUGUCUCCACCCUUACGAACGUACCAUAAAGUCUGAAGCUAUGAUUCCACUCGCCAAACUCAGUAAUCUCGAGCACAUCUGCAUCGAAGAUCGGUCUUGGGGGUCAAUUGCUAUGACCAACGAAAGACCCUUACAGAGCAUGCUACUCAACUCCCUAUCAACCCUUCAAAGUCUGGAGGUUCGAACAGCCAAAUAUUACUCUGACUUUCUAGGCGAUUGGGAAGGUAAACUCCAAGCUCGCAACCCUGAUGCUUUGGAACAAGAGUAUGAUUUCACGGCGCUCAAAUCACUGAUUUUACAUGGGAUAAGCUUCAGUGGCGAGUUUUGUGAAAAUGUGAUGCCGAAUAUCACAAGAGCUUUUGACUUUCUCAAGCUGAGGGAGCUUAACCUCAUGGGUCUUGAAGAGGGACAGCUCACGUUCUUUAAACAUCUCGAAGAUCUGUUUAGUAAAGCUGACAAGCGAGAUAUUCACCUGCGAAAGCUGUGUUUGGAGAUGAAAGGACCUGGUCAUGAAUCAAGCUACGCCGAAACAGAGGUACACCUCGAAGGAAUGUAUCGAUUCAUCUCGUCGUUUGACUCGUUGACCAGCUUGGAGAUACGUGACUACAACAUGUACAACUCGGCAGUGCAGUCUAAUCCCGGCCUGUCGAGACGACUGCUGCAGUCCGUGGUGAAGCAUACUGGGUUAGAAACACUGCGCUUCCAUUAUCGACAUAUGGGUAUUGAGUCGUGGGAGAUCCCGUGUGCCUCAGCUGAGACUGUGAAUAUCUUGAUCAAGAACCUACCUUCACUACGGGUUUUCGAGUUUGCGCCGCAAGUGACUAACAUUGAUGCAAUGGCUCGGGCCCUCUCGCGCGCCAAGAACUUAACAACGCUCCUUUACCCUAACUUUAAAAACUACCACUCAGACCCAGAUAACGCCCAGGUGACAUUCGCCAAAACAUUACUCGGGGGAUUCUUGGAAAACGCUGGCAGCUGUGAAAAAUUCAUUUGGGAGGAGACUUACAAGCUUGGUCGCAUCACAGUAGGCUGGACAGAUUUUCGCAUUGGAUCCGGACUGAAGCCAAAGAAGAAUUUUGAAAAGCCCGUCAAGAUCGAAAAGGGCGAUCGUAUGGUGAUUGUGCAGGAUAUGCAGCCAAAGAAGUGGGGAGACUCUAAGCAGGUAUAUUACACUGCUGAUAGUCGAUGGGUUGAUCGUGUUACGCGGCCGGAUCGUCGCGGCGGACCGUUGCAGCUUGUGUAUGAUGAUUGA